UCAAAUAAACUAAAGUUAAUGUGACAUUAAUAAAAAUUUUGUUCAUGUUAUGUUGUCGUUGGUUUUGUUUCCUCAGCCAUUUUCAAUGCCUCUGAGAUUUCCAUUACUCGGCUUACCUCUGAGACUAAGCAGCUUUCUUCUUUCUUAAACCUCGUCCGACUACUUUUCCUUUUUUGGGUUCAGUUGAAGAACCCAUUUGGAUCCCCGAAGCUGUUUUCAGUAUGAGGUCACUGACUUUUAACUAUUGGGCGACCAGUACCAUGUCCAUGGGUGCUUCCACAAACCCACCUCAUUGUAUAACUUCUACCUUCAUAGGUGGGACUUUUAAAGUAAGCUAUUAUGUGCAAAAGGCUUUAUUUCCCAGGUUUCACAGAGGCCUUACCUGUAAUCCCAGGGCAUUUGCGAGACGAAACUCAGUGAAGAAAUUGAAAAAGAAUAGGCAACCACUUCAAAGUGUUGCUGACAUUUCUCCUAAAGAUGAAUUUGGUCUAGAAGAUGACUCAAAACUUGACCCUUCUGAUAGUUCAGCUGUACAAAAACUGAAUAUGGUUCCGUCGAGGGAUACAGUACUUCAGGCAUGCACUGUUACAUCUGGCUUGAUAGCUGCUUUGGGUGUAGUGCUUCGACAAGUAUCACAUUUUGCAUCAACAGAAGGAUUGCCAAUACUUGAUUGUUCCUCGAAAGUAUCAUUUGAUUUUGAGAUGUGGCAUCUUCAGUUGCUUACAGGAUUAGUUGUAGUGAUAUCGUCAAGCCGAUAUCUUUUAUUGAAGACAUGGCCAGAUUUUGCUGAGUCUAGUGAAGCUGCCAAUCGGCAGGUCCUUACAUCACUACAGCCAUUAGAUUACUUGGUUGUUGCUUUUUUUCCUGGGAUUAGCGAGGAACUUCUUUUUCGUGGUGCAUUAUUGCCACUUUUCGGAUUUGAUUGGAAGAGUGUCUUGGUGGUUGCUGCCCUGUUUGGAGUUCUGCACAUUGGAGGUGGCCGGAAGUAUUCGUUUGCUGUCUGGGCAACUUUUGUUGGGCUUAUGUAUGGCUAUGCAACCCUUCUUUCUUCCAGCUUGAUUGUACCUAUGGCUUCACACGCAAUGAACAACUUGGUUGGCGGAAUUUUAUGGCGCUAUGAAAAUGAAUCAAAUUCAUCAGAGCAAUAGUGAGAAAAUCAUUUCAAGAAGCGUACAACAUAGUUAAAGCAAAGAAAUCAAGCUUCGAACUAGUCAGUCAGUAGUGCAUCCUUGCUUUGUAUGUAAUGUAUAGCAACCUUUGUUCAUUUUGUCACCAAAGAAAGCUGUCUGUACACACAAACAUGAAACAUGUAUUAUAUAAAAACAAGUCUUACAUUCCUUCAAA